AUGGGUUGCUGUCUUAGUUCCGCCACCACCUCCACCGCCACCGCCCGAAAAACAAACCACCCGCAUGACAUUCCUCCGAGCCAGCACCACCAUUUUCCAGAAUCUGACGCGAACGCCAGAGAUCCACCUCAAAUGGAAGAAGAAACUGUAAAAGAAGUCCUCUCAGAAACCCCCAUCCCCAAACCGCCCAUUCCAGUAGUCAACCAGAACACACCCACCACUGCCGCUACCACCAAGCCUGAAGUUGAAGAACCAAAGAUCGAGCCGAUGGUCGAGAUUAAACCCACAGCAGAAGAGAUCGUCUCCGAGGUCUCAGAAGUCUCAGAAAUGUACAGUUUCACCGAAAGCUUUUCAACAACAGUCACGGAGAGGAGAGAGGACGACGGAGAGGUGACUCAAAAAGUGGUCGAGAGGUCCCCGGCAAAGGUCCCCAGCAAACGUCCGUCCGCCGGAGAUCCCGCUGGAGCUAAAGAAAGGCCAGUCAGGUCUGCCGCAAGAAGAUCUGCGCCGUCGCCUGAAAAAAUCAGUCACAUUGCGCCGUCAAGGUCAAAUCCGGGACGGACAAUGGAAAUGCAGAGGCGAAAUGUGGGACCACCCAAUGGGAACAGGCGAGAUCCCGGCGAGGGUUCCGGUAGGAGGUCGAGGUCACCGGUGACACGUGGCGAGGUGGGUACACGUCGUAAUGUGAGGCAUAAGAGUCCUGGUCCGAGUUUGACUGUGACCGACCGGUCUGGUGAUCGGUCACCGCUUAAUAAUGCAGACAAGGGUGGUGAGUUCAAGAAGCCAAACGACGACGUCUCGAGGGAGACCAGCGAGUCGCUUGAGGACCCUCUGGUUUCUCUAGAAUGCUUUAUUUUCCUAUAG